ACGGAGGCCACACGCGUCACGCGGCGGCGACGAGCACGCGACUGCCUGCCACCUCCUCAAGGUUCCACACAAGACGCCCAAGGAAGGCCGGGAAACUCGUAGAAAUGGAGUCGUUAUUUGGAAAGGCAGUGGAGGUCACGCUGAAAAACUGGAAUCCUCUACAGUUUGCUGUAAGCCAGCAGAUGGGAGGCCACGACAGUAUAGCAAAAAGAGACUGGUUCCCUUCAGUUGUUGAAGACUUUUUCUAUAAAAAUGAGGAUCUUGACCCUGAUGAAGUAGCAGACUUCAUUGCUACUAUAAUGGACUCGGAAUUUAACACUUUAGUUGAAGAUGACUCAGAUCUAGAGGUUGCCACAGUUCUAUGCCGCUUUUAUCGAUUGAAUGAAGCUGGGGAAAAAGAGAAAAUUCAAGAGGAGCUGGAAAAGAUGCCAAAAUAUAACCUUGAUUCAUGCGUGGUUCAAGAUACAGAGAAUGAAACAGAGGACGAUGCCCAUGAGAUGGUGACAGAGCAACUGACAGAGCUGCAGCUGCAUGAAAACGGUGGCAACAUUGGCGAUGACAGUGGCCAAGGGGAACGGGAGCUGACGGAGCUGGAGAAGCAGCAGUUGCAGGAUGAGGCUGAUGGCUGGACGGUGCAAAGGAAAGGGAGGAAGAGGCGGUAGUGCGCCUCGGGUUGUAAAAUAAAGAAAUCUCAAAAU